UCCAGUAUUGCCUGUAUACAGGAUGAGCUCGGUCACCUAGGACUAGGUGGUCCUACAGAUCUACCCUACAAGCCCGAAAUCAAACACCAGCAUCAACACCAACCACACACAAACGUCGUAGUCGACUGUAGUGAUAGUAGUGCUGAAAAUACCUGCCAACACAGAUGGCCACCUAACAGUGGCACCUUUGGACAUCCCGAUAAACCUAUCGGUUGGAUGUAUGGCCUGCUGGGUUGUAUGAAACCGGUGUUAUCGUUCAUAGGUAAAGCAGGUGUUAUAGAAAUAAAAAAUCAAAAAGCCGAAGAUUGGGAAAUACCCUUCGAACAUAUAACCGAUUUAGAAUGGUUGGGUAGUGGAGCACAAGGAGCGGUAUUUAGUGGUAAAUUGAAGAACGAAAUAGUGGCCGUAAAGAAAGUGAAAGAUGUCAAAGAGACGGAUAUCAAGCAUUUAAGAAAAUUAGAUCAUGAGAAUAUAAUAAAAUUUAAAGGUGUUUGCACACAAUCGCCAGUAUUUUGUAUUAUUAUGGAAUUUUGUCCUUAUGGUCCAUUACAAAAUAUACUCAAGGAAGAGGAAGUUAUGUUGCCGUCCCGCCUAGUUUCCUGGUCGAAACAAAUAGCAUUGGGUAUGCAAUAUCUACAUUCUCACAAAAUAAUACAUCGAGAUUUAAAGAGCCCUAACAUUCUUAUAAGUACAAAUGAAAUUGUUAAAAUAAGUGAUUUUGGCACUAGCCGUGAAUGGAAUGAGAUUAGUACGAAGAUGAGUUUUGCCGGUACGGUGGCCUGGAUGGCUCCCGAAGUCAUACGCAAUGAGCCGUGCUCAGAAAAGGUGGAUAUCUGGUCAUAUGGUGUAGUGCUUUGGGAAAUGUUAACCUGUGAAAUACCCUACAAAGAUGUUGAUUCAUCGGCGAUUAUUUGGGGUGUGGGCAAUAAUUCCCUAAAGCUGCCCAUACCCUCCAGUUGCCCCGAUGGCUUUAAGCUGCUGGUAAAACUAUGCUGGAAUACCAAACCCCGAAACCGUCCUUCGUUUAGACAAAUUUUAUCGCAUUUAGAAAUAGCCGGCCCCGAACUGUUGCGCAAAACCGAAAAGCAAUAUUUCGAAACGCAACGUUCGUGGAAGGAAGAAGUGAGAUCCCAUAUGAAAGAGAUGACUCAAAAUGGUACCAGUAUUCAUAAAUUUGAACAGGAUCUGAUAAGAAGACGUACGGCCGAAUGGCGACAUGCUCAGGAUAUACGCAUGGUGUAUGAGGAUAAAUUGGAGAAGACAAAUCGUUUGUAUUUGGAGUUAAGCGAGUGUAUGUCACAAUUACAGGAAAAGGAGAAGGAAAUUGCAGAGCGGGAGAAGAAAUUACCCGGUUAUAAGCCCUCUCGACGUUUUGGCACUACUUUACGUAAAAUGCAGUAUUAUCGAAGAAGACUCAAUGGCCCUCCUAUGAUGAUAACGGCCUCCACAUCAACACACCAGCAGCAGCAACAAACUCAACAGCAGUCUUCUGCCACACCAGAUCCUGAGACCACACCAGAGAGUCCCGUCAAAUGUACCCUCUAUGCUCAAUUAGAUUCAACUUCAUCUCAACCCAAAUCGUAUUGUGUCUCAACACAGAAAUCUAAAAAAUCCAGACAUCGAAGAGUGGGUUCGGGAACAUUUGCUGCCACGCCCAAAUACAGUCCCUGUCGCGAUAGACGCUAUCAAAGUGAACCGGAAAAUCGUAAAGUAAAACUAGUUGAUACUGAAACUCAAACCGAUGCCAUGGAUGUUAGUGAAACGGAUAUAAGUCCAAGUGCUGGUUGUCCAUCACGUGACAUAUCGAUGCUAUUGGAUCAUCAUCACUGCCCACAAUUACUCGAACAACCACAACUUGUAACAUCACAACCGCUAGAUGUAACACAACAGACUGUACAACAACGAAACAGUAGACAACAGCAGCAGAUUGUGGCUGAACCACAAACGGCACAGCAAUUGCAACAAUUAAUGGAACAACGACUGCACAAUCAAAUGCAAUAUAGUACAUCGCCCAUGACAAUGACGCCCACAAGUCCCAAUGGCAAUUCAUUGACCACCAGCGAUCUAACAUUUCAAGAUGCCUGCUCUAGUCCCGAUCAGUUGUUGGAUGAUGUUAUGAAUAGUAAUGAACGUUUGGAUAUAACCGAUUGUUGUAGUGACAAUGAAAAUCUCGAACGGCUGGGCCGUAAAGUUAUAGAACUCAUCAAUGAGAAUCGUUUGUCCAUGCAAUCGACAACUGCAGCGAACAAUAGCAAUAGUAAUAGCAUUACCAGCCAUACCACACACACCACCAACAACACCACCACCACCACGGCGUCCAACAAUCAAAAUCAACCUAGUUCGAAUAACAUCGCAAAUCAUGGCUCCUUGGCUAGUCCUGAGAAUGGUAAUUCGGAAUGUUUAAUGGGACGUGAUACUACUGAUGAUGCCGUCGACUUACGUACUCCUCGUUUGUCGCGUUGUUCUAGUCUUCAUAGAAGUUCUUUGCGCCAGCAAGUGAAUGCUGUUGCGGUUGGUGUUGGCAGCGAUGUGGUGGGUAAUGUUUUAAAUGCCAAUGCUGUGGAUUCGAAUGAGGAUAUUUGUGAGGAUAGUUGGUCUGAUGAGGAGGGCGAGGAUACCGAUUAUAAUUAUUCCUUGAGAAGACGAAGUAUCGGUCGUCUACCUAUCGGACGCGGUAUGCGAGCUCGGCGUUGUUACAAAACUCCCUUAACGCAAAAAGUCUCAAUACAAAAACGUAAUACAAUCAUUAUAUCAGACGAAGAGAAUACUUCCGAAUAUAGUCAUUCACCAUCGAGUCAACAUUCUACGCUCGAAAGUAAUCCCGAUAUGCCAGAAGCCUUACAGAAAAUGAAAAUAGCAGCUAAUACAAAUGCAACAGGCAAUCAUCACCAUCAUCAUCAUAGCAGCUCCAAAUUAUCGACAACAACAACGACGACCACAACCUCCAAUUCAAGUGAUUCGGAAUCUUGUGAUUCUAGUGAAGCAGAAUCGGGCGAAGAUGAAUCAUAUGAUUUGCCAACGGUAUCAUCAGCCAACAUUACAACUAACACAACGGCAACAACAACAACAACCAUACAACAAAGGCAGUCCUCGUUUCAUAAGAAAAAAUCAUCACAUAACCAUCAACAACAUCAACAUCAUCAGUCACAACUAGUAAGAGAUUCUAAUAAUGCUUCCUUUAAACAAAAACAUUUAAUGAAUAGUGCAAAACAACGCCAACAACAAAAAAGCGAUAUUAUUUCAAUACCCACUUACGACAAAGAUGGGGCUAUAAAUAUGGUUUAGGUCCAAAAAAAAACUUAAAAAAUAAUUUUAGUUUUAUCUAAAAUUUCAUUUGAUAAUACAUACAUACAAACAUAUAUAUUGCCAUGAUGUUUGUUUUACAAACAUACCAUCACCAACACUCACUUCCUCACACACUCACAAAAUAUACACUUAAAGAAAAAUUACUUACAAAUAUAUAAAAAGAAAUUACUUAAGUAUAUUAUAUUGAUAUACUCAAAAAGAAUUAUGAAAAAAUACAACAACAAAUAAUUAGUAAAUUAAUUUAUUUAAUUAAUUAAUGUUAUUAUAUUAUAUUCUAUAUGUUAACUACUUUAUAAAUUAUGCACAUUCCCCAUCCCUUCACCCUUUCAAACCACAACAAUUCACUCAUCAUAAGUAAUGGAAAAAAGGGCACUGAUUUUCUCUCUGAGGAAACAUUUCUUUUAGAGAAAAAGGGCGCCUAUUAUUUAAAGUGUAUUGAGUGGAUUUAGCUGAUAUUUAGAUCAUAACAUUCUUAGACAUUCCCUUCAAAAUGCUAAGAAGAAUUUAACUUCCAUUCAAAGACUCAGCUCUCUGUCUAACAAAUUCAAAGGAUUCAUAGAUAUUUGAUUUGUAUCUUUUUCGUUGAUUUGAUUUUACUCCCUGAAAUUGGACAGUUACUGAUCCAAAUUUGUUUUAUCAUAUUUACAAUAUGAUUAGUUUCCAAGGUCUAAAACACUAGAGUUCUUUCAGUUCAGCCGACUUGCUUCCACGAUCAAAAGAAGCUUAUAGAGUUCUCAGUUGACUUCCACAGUAAAAGUUCAGUUCAAGUAGCUAAUGAUUCAUAUCCCUUAUCAUAAACGAUAAAGGCUUUGCAAUAAAGAUGAUCACAUCCUUAAACACUAGAUGCUAAUGAUCCAUAUUGGAUAGUGAACCCUGUAGCAUUAUAAGUUUUCAUGGUCUUAAACUUGAACACAAGAAGCCUUGGAAUAGAGAUCUCUAAUCAUCUUAAUAAUAUGACUAGUUUCUACGGUUCCAAACUUGAACACUAGACACUUUUCAAUUCUUCUUGCUUUUGACUUCUUCACAGUCAAAAGCAACUCCUAGAGUUCUCUAUUUAUUUCCACUGUAAAUGUUCAGUUUAAGUAGCUAAUGAUUCAUAUUGAAUAGCGAUCCAUUAUCAUAAACACUAGAUCUCAAGAUUGUGGCGAAAUUUAUAACAACCCCUUCACCGCACUCUUGCAAUUCUGGACGAACCUGGCAACUAACCAAAACAUGCUGGCUUUGAUUAGUAUUUAGUGUACCUAGCUUACGCCUUAAGACCUUAACAAUAUGGGAUCCAAACAUAUAUUCCAAAAUAGUUCAGUUCUAGUUCAGUUC